CGUCUACCCCACCACAACCUUCUAACUUCUAACUUCCCCUCAUAAUAAUACCGACAAUUUCGAAGUCAGUCGCCACCAUGGCGCAAACUCUCGCAAGAACGGUACCAACUUCUGGCACACGAAAACCCAAUUUACCACCGAACCAGACCUUAUACGUGACCAAUCUCCCGUCUGCAAAGAUCCAGAAAGAAGACCUACGCAGAUCACUCUACAUUCUCUUCUCGACAUACGGACCAGUCCUCGAUGUCGUUGCUCUACGAUCUAUGAAGAUGCGCGGUCAAGCACAUAUAGUGUAUCGAGACGUACAAACGGCAACCCAAGCUAUGAGAGCAUUGCAAGGAUUUGAAUUCUUCGGCAGAGACAUGGAAAUUCAAUAUGCCAAGUCGAAGUCAGACACCAUCGCGAAGCUGGAUGGAACUUUUCGGAUGCCUUCUGCAGCUGCUGGUGCUGUCACUGCGACGGAAUUACAGCAAAGUAUCUUCAAUGCACCUCCGUCUGCUGCCACAACCGUCCCAGCGACACUACCCCCGCGACCUGAAGGUUUAAAGCCACCUUCUUCAGCUGCAGAUCAUGUUAUGGAGGAUGCCAGAAGUCCGACAGGGAGUGCUGCUGGUCAGAAGAGAAGGCGAGAUGAGGAGGAAGAGCCGGAGGAGGAUAGUGAAGGAGAUGUUGCUAUGGAGGAGGAUAGUGACGACGAAUAAUAAGUCACAUUGUGCCUUUGCGGAGCACUUGGCGUUGAGGGCAAGAAAAUAUGAGCAUUUCAAGGCGUUAUUGGAGUUAAGCAGCAUAGAAAGAUGCUGGGAGAAUUAUUGGACUCUAGGGUAUCUCCAGGUCUACCUCCAAGAACCGAGUUCUGAACAUCAACCUAUUGGUCCUCUUUCUCGUCUCGGGCCAUCUCAGAUGGAAUCCAUAAUCCUACGCAACCUCCAACUAACCCAAUCCAUACCAUCAGAUAGUCCUUUAUAGGGCAACCAAAGCUCUCCAUAGCUUCUUUCGUCUGACAUGGAUGAAUGAAAAAAGCUGGUAUAUCUGUUAUUGGAUGUGG